AUGUCGCGAAUAUGUCCCACCCCAACCUCGAUGGAUACUGGUAGCAGUGCUACCUCCUCUUCGAUCUCAUUAUCAGAUGACGGAGAAUAUGCUGCUCAACUGAAUGGGAAGGACCUUAUCGUUCAUCUUAACCCAACUUCUUCUGAGUUCAAAGAGGUACAGAUUGUCAAAGUUAAAGACACCGGGUAUAAGUUUCUAAAGUUCUCGCGCUCAAAGCAAGACGCUGGAGGACCACGCCGCGUGCUCUGCGCAAAUGAUUCUCGCAUCAUAAGCUGGGACCUUGACCCGCUGCAGCAACAUGCGGAAAUUGAGAAUAUUGAACCCGGGGCCCUGAACAUUGAGUUUGGGGGUGAUGGAAAUGAGGUCCUUGUCUUUCAUGCCUUCAACACAAAACUUAGUGUUUUCGGGUUAGACUCUGGCCGCAGCCAUGUCAUCAAGUCUCCUAAGUUCUCUCAUCAAAAUGGCUUUGGGUAUCGACCGAAGACUGGGCAACUCGCAAUUCUACUGAAACCCGAGACUUCGGAUCUACUGACAGUCCAUGAGUCUCGAUCUCAAGAACUCAUCGGUCGGGAGGUUAUCCCAGCAGUUGAUGCCCAAGGGUUGAAAUGGAGCCCCGAUGGACACUGGAUAGCUGUAUGGGAAGCUGCUAGUGCGGGAACAAAGGUCCUUAUCUUCACUGCAGAUGGACAACUCUUCAGGACUUAUACAGGUUUACCCGAGUCUGAUGAUUCAGUCGACCUAGGCGUUCGAAGUAUUGAAUGGGGCCCAGCCCUGAACAAUAGCUCAUCACAAGUUUUGUCUGUUGGCAAGGUCGAUGGGACAGUGGAAUUGCUUGGGACUAAAACGUUUUCUUGUUCUACCACGCUUUCACAUGUCUUCCAAAUCGAUGAAUACUCUCCUAGUAUAUGGAGGGAGCGCUAUGCUGCUGGGGGUAUGAGCUUAGAAUACGCCGAGUCAUCGAGCGCCUCUGCCUUUAUCACAACUGCCGAGCCUACAAGUGGACCUCGAGGUGUAUCAUUAAUGGGAUUUAGCUAUGAUGGGAACCUUUUGAGUACCGUGGAUCAAGCACGGCCAAAUAUUGUUUGGAUAUGGAAUUUGGAGAACGCUCCGGUUUUGGUAUCAGCACUAGUUCAUGAACAUGCCGUCAGGCAAGUCAUUUGGCAUCCUUUGAGCAUGCAGUUGCUCAUUACUACGGCCAAUAAUGCUCUCCCAACUGUGCGGCAUUGGUGUCCGCACCAACCCCCAUGCAUUGUUCGCAUUCCUGUUUCAAGGAGUGAGAGUGGAAGAUAUGAUGUACGAUGGCUACCUGCCGAUAAAGAUGAGUUCACAAGACUUUGGUUUGGUUCACCAGAUGACUAUGUUUUGGGACUCAUCGAAUCGGACGAGCAUGGGGCAGCCGAGUUUAGAUGCUUCAAUACUCUCGGUGGAAAGGUAUCUCCAGGCAGUCAGGGCACGAUAAUGAGUCGAUGA